AUGGCUCUAAAUUGUUCGCUCGUUUCUGCGCUUUUCACCCGCUCUAAGCCCCUUCUUAUCACCGAAGUAAGCACCCCAAAUGAAAUAAGGAAUAAAUGUUACGAUUCAAGGGUGAAAUUAUAUCAAGACUAAAGAAAGUUUAUUGAUUUUGCUCGCAGAUUGUGUCGGGGGUGCGUUGCCUGACCUUGGGAUCGGUGAAAUUCUCAGAUGUAAGCUUCCUCUGCAGUGUUUGUUGUCUUCCUCUGCCUACAAGCUUGAACGUAAAUUAUGGUAGCUAACUCAUUAUUUGUUCUGUGGUAUUUUUCAGGCUGUUAACCCAGAAAGUCAGGUACGUUAAGUUUGUAUUUUGUUUUUUUAUGUUUACCUUCCACUGAACAACGCAAGUUUGCCACGCAACUUUAAUAAGAAUUUUAAGAUAAUUCAAGUAAGUGAAGCCUUAAUGAGUUAAGGUAUCUUUGUAUUCUACUUUUCAAGAAUUAAUUAAUGAAGGAAAUGGAUUAAAUAGCAUACAUUUAUUGAUUCAUUUCAUAAGUAGAAGAAGGAAAUUUAUCAUAAAGAAAAUACGUUGCUGGUGCGUUGUAGGCCAUACCCGUUGAUUUUAUACCAAAAUUGCAAAAGCUGUAAGCUCAUUCAGGGAUCAACAGUGAUAGCCUUUUUAUUUGGUUUUAAGCUGAAAAGCUCUAAAUUCAUUGUUUGUCCAUCGGCUAUGGCUGUAAAAAGAUUUUCAGAAAGUCUUACGUAUCCGGCGGCCUCCGAAUCUUAGAAAUGCAAGCGUCAAUGCUUCAUUGAAGAGACCAUUUCAAUGAUAUUUAUUUUUCUCGUGCAAAGGCAAUCAUUUGCGACGUUAAACGUAUUGGGUUACGAAGCUUUCAAGAAUUACGUAUCAAAGGAUUAGACCGAGUCACGUUCAAAUUUAAUGGUAGUCUAGAUCUUAUAAAACAAACUUAGGAAAAGACAUUUCAAGUCAAGUCAAUUUAAAAUACGUCAAGAUUCUUGUCGUUUAAAACUUCACAUACUGGGAUAUUUAUUAUGUGAAAAAACGUCAAACACAAGGGAUGUUUUUUACGUUAUGUUUAAUAGCGUAGUUAUAUCCCGUAAGUGUGUCUGAGACUGAGAGGGUUAACGCUUUAAGUCCCAGGGUUGAUCAACAUUGAUUUUCUCCCAACAAUAUCCAUACAUAAUCAAGAAAAAAGGUUAUGAGAAUUGAAUAAAUGAUCGACUUAAGAUAACUCCUUCGGUCAUUUAAACAUAUUCUCUUAACCACGUCUUUGAAAUCUGUGGAAACCUGAGUCUACCGAAUUUGUUAUUAAAGGUUAAAAUGUGCAUAUUUUUCAACUAAUAUCCGGACUACUAGACUUAUGAAACAUUGCCAAACCCAGUGUCGGAAAUGAAAUCCCAAGAAAAAUUCUGUAACAUACCAAACAGCAAACGACUGCUAAGAAGGUUACUUUUGAAUGGUAACAUCACUGAGCGAAAAUAGGAGACUAACUAUUGCGUGCCACAAUCAUUGAUUGACUCUAAAGAUAAGAUUCGAACCUCUCGACUUUUCUGCUACCUUCUCUUUUCUAACUAACUUUUUUUUUAAAUUCCUGAAGAAUAGUUCAUGAUCACAACUAUUCUAUUCUUAAUGUGUCAUGCUGGUUUUUCUCUUUUUGGCCACCAGUCAUGCGAUCCAUGAUAAAGGUAUAUCUCAACCCCAUUUUUUUUUUCCACGGGACUAUUGUGUAUGAAACUUUUACAGUGUAAUACUCACGAACAAAGGCCUUUUACGUUCUUACAUUCACCGCCAUUUCUGACAAACACCCAGUCCAAGAAGUAAAAGAUAAAUAAAUCAAUCAAUCAAUAAAUAAAUGAAGCUGUGAACACGUUUUCCUCAGCCUGCUUGAGGGCCAGCGUUUUCCGAUCGAGUACUGUGACCUAGUCAUGCAUUUCGCUCUUGUAGCAACCCGUUCUCAACGAACUCGCGCGGAAAAGCUUGCUACGAAGGCUAUCACCGAAAAGUGUCUUUCACGAAUAAGUUGUAAGAAGCUUACAUUUUAGGUGUGAUGGAUACUAGAUUCAUUAGAUACUACUAGAUUCACUACACGUGACGUGCCGAAUUCUCGCGAGUUUUGAAAAUAACACUGAAAAAAAUAAAGGUCAUGGCGAUGACGCCUUUUAAUGAAGAGCUGCUUAUCAAAAGGAGUAAAUAUUGUUUUGGGGGCCACAGGAGCUUUGCUAAUGCAAAGGCCGGGCCAUGAAAUGCAAAUGAAAAGAACCACGGAAGGCCGAAGAUAGAUAGAUUCACCUGUGCUCACUAGAGGAAAGAAGAGAAAAUCAUGAAUUUGCUAGCAAUCCUGUUCGUAAAGUGUUGAGGGCAUCACACUUCUUAAGUUUGUGCCAAAAUUUCUAGUCAUAUUAGAUAUAUCUAUUUUUUCAUUUCAUUUAAUUUAUGUUCCGAAUCUUGUUUAAUCGCUUUCUAUCAUCCCGACGAACCCUUGAUUUUUCUUCUUGGCCAAUGGACGUGUCGACUCCUCCACAUUGGCUAAUUUGUCAUGACAAGCGUCCUUGUCAAAAAAAAAACAACAACAAGAACCACGUCGCACAAGCAGCCUUUUACAAGGGAAAAACUCGCUCUAGUAAAUGAGAAACUUGAAAAGUUAUUCGAUCCAUGACCUGAGCAUAGCCGAAAUUAAAGAACUUGUCCAGGUUUUCAAUUUACAGUCAAAACCGACACUGAGGGGGCUAUAGAAAGUGUCCAAAAUAAUGGGGUGUCUGCGUAAAGCGGGUUGAAUUCAAAGGAAAUGUACUGAGGGCUUUCUUUCCCCAGGGACAAAGCAAACUAUCUGUAAUAAUGAGGUGGCCGAAUAAUCCGAAAGUGGGGUUUGAAUUACUACUGUAUACCCCGGGUGGUCCGUUUUAGGCGGGAAUGUGCCAAAACCCUUAACCUAUACCAGAGCUAGUUCAGCUGAAUUUUGCUACCCUAGAGUAAACUCCCCAAAUCCCCCCUAUCCUAGAGUAGCUGUUUUCCAGAAACUACUGAGGUCGCUAGCACAGUAGUCUAGCCAAAACAAAACCUUAUACCACAUUCCCUAGUUUAGAUAAAAUCUUCAACCAACUGAUCAGUUUCCUGAAAAAUUAUACCCUAUUCUAGACCCAAACACUCUGAUUUAUAUACCCUAUCCUAGAGUAAACUGCUUGAAAACCAUACUCUUCACAGCGACACAUACCUAUAUAGCCCAUAUAUGGCAGUACCCCGGUAUAUACCCCUUCGACGUUUUAAGGUUUCUGCCGGAAAGUCAAGCUAGUGGGGUUGAUUUCUGUCAUUUCCAGUUUAUUUUGACCCACGUUAUGUCUUUGCGUGAUAUACUGUCACCUCAUUUUCACGAAUCGCCCAAAGAUCAAUCAUCAUAUAUAAAAAGCCUGACAGCUGGAAAAAAAGGAAUAGCUUUUUUACGUGCAGAAGUGACGUCAUUUCGCAGACAAUAUUCUUUACACACGCACACACACGCAAGAAACACGACAAGAUCAGUCAAAGGUUUAUUUGUUUUCCAACAUUUAUUUCAAAGAUGGGGGGCAUUGUGACGUUUCUCUGCAAACGUUUGGACUGCGCUGCAAGGGUACAUUUAGAGAACGCAACGUAUGUAAACAAUUCUUUUAAAAAUAUUUGACGGUUUAUCCCUUUAACCCCCGAGAUAGUAAUUCUCCUCUCGGGCUGCAAUACAUGUUAUUGUACAUUAGUUAAGAGAAUUUGAGUUUAUAUAAAAAGCGCAUCCUCUGGCCACUGCAUCUUCCUAUUCACCCAUCACUUUUCUGUUGGACAAUAUAUUGCAUGUUACUAGGAGACCAUGCAUACUGCUUCUGAAGUGGUUCACCGGCGCUAAUUGUUUAACGAUUCAUAUUUAUUAUUUUUUCCCUGUUUUUGUAAACUAUUCGUAUAUAAACUAAAUAUACCUAUCGACAGAGUGCCAACGAGCAAAUCAUGCGUAUUUUGCAUAGGAAUGGAAUUCCCUUUUUUCCAACAUUUGACAGUUUCUUGGGCCCUUCCUGUUGCAAAGAAAAUUUUCUUGAAAAGGUGUUAUGCAUCGGAAUUUCGGUCCAAACGUAGAUGGAACGGUUCGGCCCAGGUGGAACUUUUCAGGUCAAAGUGGUCCUCUUUGACCGGUCUGUCCGGUCCGACCGAAAACUGCCGUUCCAUUUUCAAAAAUUUUCGUUUCCAGUCCCGCUCCAGCUCGUCACUCCACAUAGUAGUCAAAAUGGCGGAUGGUUCAGAUGGAAGUGUUUACUAGUGCAAUGUGUGUAAGCUUCAGACGCAAGACCUAAACUUUCUCCUUAUCCACAGUUGCACACGAGGCUCAGGUACAGCAGUGUAUCUUAAUUUGGUUUUUCUUCUGGUUUUCAUUAGUUUUUGAAGACAAAUAUAUUACUGGCUUCUCCGAUUUAGCAGUCUCUGACCCUAUCCCUUACGUCAAUACCAACAAUCAAUUCGGUCGGAGUUUUGGUUCCGACGCGUUCCACUUUCCCUUGGUUAGUCCGAGUGGUCUCUGGCCAGACUGUUGGUCCGGUAUAAUGGAGAGCACCCCAGGUUAUACUUUUUGAAGCUCGAUCGAGAAUUUUUCUGCCUAUAGCCCAGUCUUGCGCGGCUCUAUUCUCCCGCCUCCUCGCAAUCCUCACGUCUUCGCUCGGAUGGUUCGUUGGCGUCCACACUAAUGCGUUUUUAUUUGAAAACGUAUACAUUUUCGAUGCCCAGGCUUAAGCCUUACGUCCACACUCAUACGGGGAUACGCCAAGUGCUUUCCUCGAAAACGCGUAUUACAUAUCCUAUCAGUGUGGACAGUCCGAUCUAGCCUGUUCACAGACUCUAUUUUCUCUUCAAAGUCCGUCGAGCGCUCGUGAUAAAAUAUAAACCACGGGAGAUUUAUUGACCGCCAGCGAGGUGUAGGGGAAGGAGAAAAUUUUUUUUUUUCUCGCGCUCGCUUCGCUCGCGAGCUCGCCGAUUUUUUUGAAAAGAACGAAAAGAAAAACUAAAAGAACGUCUGUUUACAGGCUACGUCCGAUCCAAAACGGUCGAAAACGCUUCAAAAUCAAAACGAUGACUGUAAUAUGUCAAAUAUCGCAGGCGCGUGUGUUUGUAGAAUGUCCAUAGAGUUCAACUUACGUCGCAGCGUGCAAUUCUACCGUUUUAGAACGUUUUACUGUGGACCAGGCCUGACUGUGGACAGUCUAAAACGCAUCAAAACGUUAGUGUGGACGCGAAUCGAUCGAUGUUUUUUCAAUGACAACGUAAACGCAUACUUUUGAAAACGUAUUAGUGUUGGCAAGGCCUAAGUCUUGUUAGAAAAAGUUAUUCGAUUCCCACCAACCUCGUCCCCAACGCUUGUCCCUGCAGAUCUCCUCUGAAUCUUAUAAAAGCAUGAAACAAACAAGGGUAUGAUCAGAUGUUUAGCUAGUCGUAUAUGUCAUACGAAGCGACAUUAAAGACCAAGGUCAUAUUUGAUAACUUCUCAAAGUCAGCACUUAUUCAUUAAUUACAUAGUUAAAAUAGUGCUUUUACAUUGAAGACCCAACCUGAAAGUCUUAAGAUACUUUUCAAGUCACAACCUUGUCAAGAAAAAUUCCAUCAUGUUCAUUCUUUUCUGUUCCUUUUUAUUUUCAGAGUUAAAUGUUGUUUGAUUGUAACUUUUCAGUCAGCAGACAUUGCAUGUGACGUUACGUUAGACCUUGUUUUUUUUUAAUCUUUGGUACAUUCCACAGAUCGGUUACUUAAUGCUAAAGUCCUGUCAAUGUAUUGUGCCGGAAAAAAGGGCAGAACCAGCAAAAUUAGGACAUUCAAUUCCAAGUGUAAAACAAACGCCGAAUUGUUUUCGUGCCGUUCAUGAGUUAAAUGGACUUUUCAAUCUCAAAAUAUGUCUCAGUAUGAAUCGACGAAAAUGUAGCAGUGAUCGACGUAUGUGGCUGACGUUUAUAGGCAAGCCGCUGAUCAGCUCUGGGCUCUGAUGAUCAUGAACUAACCCAGAAUUAGGAAUGUCUUUGCACCAACCACGCUAAUGACCGACUGAACAAACUCAUAGGGAUCACACUCAUCCAUCUGUCCUCAAAAAUUGACCACUGAUCAGCUGAUCGUCUCUCAUUGCUGACAGUUAGAUUGAUUCUCCCUGGAAACAAGCCCGAAGGAUUUUUAUUAUCUAAAGGCAAAACACUUGAACCCUACGGGAUGAAAAGACGAGAUGAAAUUUAAUCUAUUGACAAAUAUUUUAAUAUAACCUCUUUAUGCAAGUUUUUGUCUAUAGUAUUCCUCCACCAGUCACAUCGUAUUUUUUAUUAUUUUAAAUACUGUAACCGUUUUUUCUAUUCUCACUGAGCUUUUCUAGCCCCUGAUAAAGACUAGCUUUGUUUAGUCGAAAUAUUGGGCAAAUAAAUUUGUAACCUUUAGCUGUCCGAUCAGCCUUGCCUUCAAUAUCGAGUGUUAUUUUGUACUGCUGAUCCUGAUCUUCAACAAGAUCCGGCUUUCCCUAGCUGCUGAUUGUCCAAGUGGUCCUUGCAAGAAUUGUCCGGAGUAAAGGACCUGACAAAGUUGCUGUUUUAAAUAAACAGCUUUUCGCGAGUGCGGAUCGACCCUCAGAUGGAAAUGGUUGCUUGCGCGCUCUUCUUCUUCCUUAUGUCAUUUGAGGCCUUCUCGUCACGCAACGCUCUUCUUGCGUGACAAUAAAAAAGGCUAAGUGUAGCCUGCGUGACAAGCGUAAGGGAAGAUUUCAUUUUACUGUUUUAGCCUCCGUCGAAGACGUUGAAGGUUUGUGUUGCAAACCGAAAUAUCGGGCAGAUAUAAUUCACCAUUUUAUUUUGGUUUGCUGUCUUGAUUUUUUUCUAUCUCUUUUCUUGCCGUAAGGAUCAGUUUACUGUUUUAAUUUUAAAAUUUGAUAUUGAAGAUUUUACCGAUCCAGGUCUACUUAAGAUCCAGCUGACCCUCACUGGUUUGUCUUUGUGGCUUUUGUCUUAACAAGUGCAGCGCGAGAGAGACAAGGGGUUCCCUUCCCUCCUUCCUCGCGAGCCCUUCCAGCUUCCCAUGUACCUCAAAUCCCCUCAAACGCCUGCAACCCAGGCUAGCUGGGUGAGACUCGGUGAAAGUUAUCUAAAAACGGUUACAAAAUUGGCCAUAAAUGCGCUAUACAUAAGACGUACUGCUCUGUCAUGAACUGACUCGCCAGUUCUUGCCCAGUUCUGACCCAGUUCUUGUUUGAGUUCAGAUCCUUUUGCAUAGCAGAUAUUUUAUUCCCAUUGGCUUUCUUCUGGCAACACAAUGACAUCCCAUAAAUGAGGGGAUAAAUAUUUCUGGGGUUAACAGCUUUCUCAAUGUCGCAUACGGUGGAUUUUGAGAGCUCUGUCGGGGCUCUGUCGUAUGUGCUGAUCAUGAUCAUUUUUUUAUAUUGGAACAUGAGUGGCCUGAUUGGUCAGUUGGCGUCGUCUAAAAUCCAUGCUCUUGCGCAAUAUAUGUCGUAAUUUUACUUUUUAGCAUUCCUACCGUUGGGUUCAUAUAAGCGUUCAUAAUUUGUGUAGUGUAUUGCAACGUGUACAUGGCCUUUAGUGUCUCGCUUGUUUCUGCGCUUUUUCGCCGCCCUAAACCCCUUCUUACAACCAACGUAAGCACUGCAAAUGAGAUAAGGAAUAAAUCGUGCGAUAUGAGGGGGUCUUAAUCUUCAAACUACAGAAAAAUAAUUUGAUAUCUUUCUCGCAGGUUGUUUCACGGGUGCGUUCUUUGUCACUGGGAUCUUUGAAAUCCUCAGAUGUAAGCUUCCUCUGUGGUGUCUUUUCUUUUCCUGUUUCUUGAUUGUGUUAAGCCUGCGCUUAUGUUUCGGAGACUAACUCGUUUGUUUUUUCUGUGACAUUUUUUAGGUGGUUAAUCCAGAGACUCAGGUCAGUAUGCGUUUUAAUUAGCUCAUUUAAUCUUACACCAUUACAAACUUUCAAGAUUGCUUCUCCAUGGACUGAUAUUUAGUCACAGUGAGUCUGGGCUCGUCCAUUAGUCACAGAUUCCUGAUUUGCGUUAAAACUUGGCUCGUUUCCGGGAUUAUUUCAUGUUCAGUGAACUCCUCUCGUGAGUAAUUGUUGAAUUGCAUUGUGAAACAGUCAGUUAGAAGUGUAUUCGGUUAAACUUAUACAUGUAUUUCUUGUGCUAAAGCAGUCAUGUGUGACGCUUGACAUAUUGGUUUACAAACGUUUUAAAGAAAUAAAAUCGAGUCACGUUCAAAUAUAGAAACUCCGUGUGCAAUGAAUAAUCGACUUUGACAUCGUGGUGUGACCGUGAAUAACAGCUGAUGAUCGCGCGUCCAUCGCAAGAAUUAACUGAAGCAUUAUAAGCUUUACGUCUCUUCCAGCAUUUCGUUUUUGUUAAUUUUCCGUGAAGAACAAACGUCAUGCAAGAGAACUCGCAAAUGAAUUACGAAAUAUUACAGUUUCAUGAGGGCUUCGCAGAGUUUUUUACUUCAUGAUUCUCAGGCGUAAUUUCCUUUUUUAAAAGUUGAUGGUUGGCUGGGCAUUAAUAAAUAAUUUCACCGUUUUAAUACUCCAAUCAGAUUUCCAAAACACUGAAACUUGGCGUUUUUACACUGUUUCUUGAUGGUGUUGUACUCCAUCCAGAAAAUUCUUACUCCCUCAUGGAGCUAAGGAGAGUUUAUUGAUUUGAGCCAACCAACGUCUCUUAUACCCUUUGCCUCCUCAAAAUGUGUACUGACCCUCCUUUGAGUGUUUUGUGUUUUUGGAUAAUUUAUGCAACCACACGUCGUUUUGUAGGUCGCUGAGCAGAAGGCACGGAAUGAAGAUGCAGGUCAAUUCACUGAGCUAGUGAGAGACUUCCUAAACCCAAAAGACUUCUACAAUGCCUUGUGUAUGCAUGGCAUGGAUUAUUUUUGUGGGGUCCCUGACUCCUUGCUUAAAGACUUUUGUGCCUAUGUGACAGCUGUCACUCCAAAGUCACGUCAUGUCAUAACAAGUAAUGAAGGACAGGCAGUUGCUCUGGCCGCUGGUUAUCACAUGGCAACUGGAAAAGCAGGGGUGGUUUAUCUUCAGGUAAUAGUGAUCACCUAUUUCUUUCUUCCUUCUUUGAUUUUGCCCUUUGUUUCUUUAUACAUACAUAUGUAGAUAAGAUAACUCAAGAAUAUUCUAUCUCAUUAUUUAAAGUACAUGUAUAACUUGGGUUACAAUGAUACAAUUUCCUAUGAUAUUGUGGGGGUAUUACAGCACCUCGCUCGCUAGGUUUAGAGGUACCAGGUAUCUCUUGGUAUUCUUAUUCUUCACAGCAGCUCAUAUGUUUUCUUCUACUGCAUCACUUAUGGCCAAAUUUGUUAUAUCGCGCUGCAUGUUUGCAGAUUUCAAAUGGGUUUUUCUGUUCCGUCAAUCAUUUGAGUGGGGGUGGAGUUAAUGCACAUCACAAUGCAACGCAACUCACCCAGCUUGGCCCGCAAAAACAAAAUUGAGAAUGACCCUAAACUGCUCAAGAAAAGCGAAGGAAAUUGCGAUGAUGAGUGGAAUUUUUGUUGAGGGCAGGAGGCAGACAUUGCUUUCUUGCAAGAGACAAGAAUAAGAAAGAUCAUAAAAAGCUGCAAAGAGAACUAGUCAAUCAUUGCCUGAAACAGUGCGAAACAGGAUGAUCACAAUCAGCAAACCUUGAAACACAGAAACAAACCAAGUUGAUCGAAACACACCAAUCACAAGUAAACAUGUGUUUCCUAAGAGGUCCGCUAAGAUGAUUGAUGGAACAGAAAAACCCAAAACUCGUUUGAAGUUUGAAAAACACGCAGCCCGAUACAAUGAAUUUGGCUAUAACAACCUCUACUUAACAUAAUUACAACAUCCCAACUGCACACCACUACCAAAAAAACUGUGCCAGAUGUAGUGAAUGUAGUGAUGUAAUGUGUGAAUGUAGGUUCGACUUUGGGCUUGCUGAACAUGAGAGUUACAAACUUGCUUCCUUAAGUGACUUAAACUAAUUUCCUGUUGAUGACCAAAGUGAAAUAAACAAACUUAUAAGCUUAAUAAUGUCAAGUACGAGAAAACCAAUGGAAAAUAGAUAGCUAAACUAACAAGGCUGUACCUUAAACCAAAACAGGAACUCUGUGAUCUGAUGUAGGUAAAAAUCAAGGUCAGUGAUCAUCCCAAAAGGUGCACCCUUCAAGGACUGACACUUGUGUUAAAAAACUACUUAAAAUAGGUCAUAAAAUUAAAAAACCUGUUGAUUCAAACACCGAUUAACCUUGAUCUUCAAACCUAAUAACAACAAAACUCUAAUGUGAAACUUCAAGUGUAAAAAUGAAAUAAACUAAAAACAUCCUAUAAAAUACUUCGCAACAAUAUGAUACAUAUUGUAAUAUAAGGGCCACAAAAUGAUUAGCAAUAAAAAUUAUUAUAUUUAUAACUGUGUUUGACAAGACUGCACUGUGUUCAAAGCUGUGGAGACCUCAUGUUUUGCUUGUCAGGCACACAAGACUUUACUGCUGGCCUUGUUCAGACGCCAAACUUUUCAUGAGCCGAACCUAAUUCAAAUUAAGGCUGAAUUGAUGCUGAUCUUAAUUGCAGCUGAACUAAAUCCAAGAGGAAAAAAAAUGCUUAUUUUUUUCAAACUUCUUACAAAAUACUUUAUAUCUGAUUUAUAAACUAGGGUGCAUGACAAAUUUGCCAUCUGAAUCAGCGCUGUUCCAAUAAUAUUUAGUCAAUCCAAAGUCAAUUAUUCCUGGCUGGACUAGGCGGGAAGAAUGGCUGAGCUGUUCUAAAUGAAAAUUAGGCCUUCCUAAUUGAUUCAGACAUCAAACUUUUCAUGUACUUAAUUCAAUGUAUUUAGGUUUGGCUCAUGAAAAGUUCAGCGUCUGAACCGGGUGAUAGUAACAAAUAAGUACCAAGGAAAUUUUUGUUCCCCAUCUUGUCUGCUACAUUGAAUAUGAUGGGAACAAUCCGAAGCAUUAGGGUGGCUUGUUUUUUUUUUUUUCAUUUGUUUCUAUUGUAAAUUAUAUAGUAAUGUCGGAUUUGGUUAAGAAACAUUUUAAGAAGUGAUUUCUUAAAAUUUUUUGUGGUAGCACAAUUUAUUGUAUCAGAUCAUUGCAUCAUCGUGAGUCAAAUAUCAAAACUGAUAUUCACAUCAUGGGAAGAAACAUCACAGUUGCCAGUUUGAACUUUGCUAGUAUCUGUAGGUGCAUGGAAGCAAUGAUUAAAGAGUUUUAACUAAUAACUGCAGCAUACUAUUAGAUUUAAGAUUAGAGGAAAUAAAAAAAACAGUUUUUUGGGUGUGAGUAAUAACUGUCAAGGAAUGGAGUGGUUUUAGGGGUGUGGUUGCUUUUUUUCAGUAAACAGGUUGCAAGUAAUGGCCAUAUGUACAUUAUGUAUAAUGUACAGGCCACUCUUAGCAUGUAAGUGUCAUUUUUAUAGCAGUUUGUUAUAGAUGCUAGUUACUUAGCACUGUCCUAUUGUAACCUUUUUUCUUUCCACUAGAAUUCUGGACUAGGAAACAUAGUCAAUCCUCUAAUGUCCCUAGCUGUGCCAAAUGUGUACAGCAUCCCCAUGCUGUUGUUAGUAGGGUGGAGAGGAGAGCCUGGAAAAAGAGACGAACCACAGCACAUGAUACAAGGGCAAGCUACACCUGGCAUACUUGGUAUGCUAACUUCUCUUUAUCCAUGUACAUGUAACCCUACAAAAUUACUGUAUUCUGUCAAAGUUUGAAUGUCAUUAUACAAGGCUUUUUUCAAAGUUUGAAUUUGGAGCACUUGUAUUAAGAGCGGCUUAUUUUCAGAAUUUUAAGACGUUUCUAAUGUUAUGACUCUCCUCACUUUCAAGAUUAGCAGCUUUAAGGAGCUGCUAGUGUCAGGUUUAUUUAAAUUGUUAGGGUAAAAAAACUUAAUGUCAACUUCACAGGCAAAGAACUGAAAAUUAAUGCUGGUAACUGUUGUGUUUACAGUCCACAGUAUUUUAGUUGUGUGCUAGUGACAUGGUUUAACUGUUGUACAGACUCCAAGAAUACUGAACACAGUAAAUUGUUCACUGAAAACAAAUUACAGUUUUCUCAUAUUAAAUUAUAAUAACUUUUUAGUAAGGGCAGAUGUGAAAAUAAUACCCUUUUAAUUUACAUGCAUGAGAUUAACUCAAUUUGAACAGCUUGGGAGAUACUUUCCAGAGGCUGUUAUUUCCAUGGUACCCCUACUAUUCUUACUAUAAUUAUCAUGUGACAGUGUUUGUAAAACUGAACAAACUGUUGAGACCUUUUCACUUUUGUUGUUUUUUCGUUAUUUUUUUUUUUCAGCAUCUUGUGGUAUUCCUUUCCAAGUAUUACCUGAUUACCAGGAAGGUGCUGAACAGGUAAGAAAUUGAAAUAAAAUUCAUCUGAAGAGUAUGUAACAGCAAAAAAAAAAACAAACAAAAAAAGCUACACAUACUUCCAUUAAAAAGGGGCUUUUAAGGGGUCUGUUACUGGUGUCUGAAGUGAUAAUCUGCCAAACGUGACCGUGAGUUUUGUUAAUGAUAUUCUUGCAUCAAAAUGUAAUGCAAGAAUCAGGAGAAUAUGUAUACUGGGGUGGCCAGAGAGAUCCUUUCUUUACUGUUAACCAGUUCUCCAUCAUCAGCAUUAUAGGAUUUAAUGUAAGGUUUCUUUGAUGCCCCACCUCUUUUAAUCUUAUUUACUUUAACUGCAUGGCAAAAUUUUUUUAUUGUACUCAGUUAUUUUACAUACCGGUAGGUAAACUUUGACUUAAAAUAUAAGAAAGAAAACUGUUGAUUGCCAUGAUGUUUGCUGACUAACACAUUAUUUGACAUUUUUUCAGGCUUUGUAUGUUGCCAGAAAGCAUAUGGAAACAUCUAAGGGGCCGUACUGUCUUCUAGUGCGGAGGCAAAACUUCAUACCAUACAAGCUUGAAAAAGAGCCAGAUCUGUUAGUUCUUUGACUUUCAAUUUUUUUAAAGUAUGAUAAUUGUUACUGGAACCUACAGAACAGGAACUUACAAAUUUAAAUCACCAUGUGACACAAAAUUUUAUUAACAUUUUUGCAAUUUGUCUUGUUUUUCCAUUUUUUUUGUGUGUGUGUGUGUAAUUUUUUUGUAUCUAGUUUUUGAAUUUACAUAUUUUUAUGGUAAAAAAAAGGCACUCCCCCUAAAAAAAUUUCCACAAAAAUGUUCUCCUCUGAAGUUAAGUUUAAUAAAAGAAAACAAAGUGUUGUACUUCCAACUAAACACAACCUUCUGAAAAUUGCCAAAAUAAAUCUCCAGCAACAAAACUACAUAAAAACUACCACCUUUUGGCCAUCCCAAUAACAGUUCCCCUAUUGUUUUCACCUCGCUUAAGCAGCCAUCAUGCAUUUGAUUCAUUAAUUUCUUGGCUUUAUUUUAAAAAUAUGGUGAAAGAAAAAUAGCAGUCCAAAAAGAAGGUGACAAGGGGGUGGCUAGUAAGGUUCACUAUAGCUUCCACAUAGCACAAAAAAACAUUGAUCCACAGAAUUAAACUCCCCAAAAUAACUCCUGCUUCAUAAUAUGUUACAGUUAAACCUCUCUUCAGAAACUAUUAAUUUGUGCUAACAGUCAAUCUAGGUACAUUUACUCUUUACUUAGUAUAAAGCUCUUCACAACAGCAUCCUGUCAUCAAAUGUAGUGUGGGGACUAAAGCACAAGUCAAAGGCUGAAAUUUACCUUUCUACAACAGCCAUUUAGAGGCCAACUAUUGAACACUUGUAUGUUGUAGGUCAAAAUGAAAUUUAACUUAAAAUGAUUUCAGCCUAGAUUGAUUCACAAAUUAUCCUUUUUCUCCUAGCCCUUAUAAUUCAUGAUCAUAACUAAUUGGGGUUUGGAAGUCAACGUUAGAAUCAACAUACUGAGGUUGAAACAAUUAUGAUGUGAAGUUCAGUUUGACCUACAUAUAAUUAUACAAAACCCUUUUUUGGCAUUCUACUGAUAAAAAUUCAUAAGAAAAGCUCUAUUACAAAAAUUUUAAUUUUAACAAAAAUCAGUUGGGAGUGAAGUUUACCCUCUCCUAUUGAGUGUAUUCAAUUUGCGAUCAUUUUUGUUUUUCUCUUGGUUAGUUACCCAUUGAACAGGGAAGGAGCCUUGCAAGUCAUUGUGGAUUCCCUAAAAGACCGUGAUGUGGUUGUUGGUACAACUGGCAUGCUGUCGCGGGAGCUCUUUGAAUACAGGGUUGCCAAGGGUCAUGGCCAUGAGAAGGACUUUUUGACUGUUGGAUCUAUGGGUCAUGCGUCAGCUAUUGCAUUGGGUAUUGCCCAGUUUAAACCCAAACGACAGGUAUCAUGAUUAUUUUCUCUGCUCAGUAGCACUUGAAUUACUUAAGGCUGAAGGAAUAAUUAUUUUAACAUAGAGUUUUCACACUUCAAAAUCAAUUCUGUCACUUUUGCUAAGUUACCGGUAGAGGUAAUACAUGUACCUGCUUUCUGCCAUUCAUUAUCUAUUUCAAAACAUUUGUUGACAAAAGCUUUGGACUUUCAUCUCAUCUGAUCUCAUGCAUUUGGACCUUCUAUCACUUAUAAUCUUAUCAUGUGCAUUUCAACCUUCUAUCAUAUGAAAGUUACAUUAGUAAAAUUUGGAGCAACAGAGUUUUCAGGGUUUGAAAAAAAAAAACUUUCAGCUUGUCCUUCUGAAACAUCAGAAGGCCUGAAAGUUACUUGCCUAGCAAGAAAAUUUGUCACACUAUUGGAGAGGAUUUUUUUGAGCACUGGUUUUGACCUUUCAUCUCACCCUCGCUCCCCAACCUUUGGUUAUUGGUACGAGUAGUUGAUGCUAAAUAAAUAGCAGGAACAUGUAAAUUAAGAGGUCUAAAUUGUUACUGUUGUUUUUUUAUUGGUAAGAUAUUUUGCAUUGAUGGUGAUGGUGCUGUGAUCAUGCACAUGGGUGCCCUUGCCACUAUUGGACAAAGUGAAGUACCAAACUUCAAACACAUUUUAAUCAACAAUGGCUGCCAUGAUUCAGUAGGAGGACAACCCACAGUUGGUUUUAGUCACACUUUUGAUUUUCUGGAAAUCGGCAAAGCAUGUGGAUAUAGAUCAGUAAGUCUGAGGACGCAGUGUACAAAAUAUUAUUAUUUUUUAAUUUUUAAGUUGAUUUAUUUCUUCUACCAGUUUUAUCAAAUCACACGGACUUGACUGAUCAGGGAAUUAACAGGACAGUGCAAAAGAACUAACUUAAUACCUAAUGAUUAUGGUAACAUGAUAUUCCUGUUAGACUCAGCAUGCAAAGAAAGUAGUGUCCAAUAGCCCGGGGAUAGUGGAUUUUGCUAUCAGGCUAGUAAAUACUGUUUUUAACUUGCCCGAUGGGCCAGUGAUAUUUUUUUAGGAAUUCAACUAAGAGAAGAUCUGAAAUCAAUUCUGCUAGUCAAGAAGUUUUUUGGGCUAAUUGAAAUAUAAUGAUGUCUGGGCUAGUAAAUAUAAAUGCUAGCUUCAGCUUGCCCGAAUGGUUUUUGCGAGCUGUAAAAAUGAUUUUCUUUGCACCCUGAGGCUGUUAACAGAGGUAAAACACCCACAAAAUAUGGAUGCAGAGUGGAGGAGUGAUGAUUUCACAAAAACCAAAUUAAUGUAAAUAAUGAUGGGAUUAUGGCUAGGCUUGUCAAAGAAAGAACAUGAUGAUGAUUACCCCCUUGCCAAAAAAUCACUGGGUCAUUGUAAAAUGGUGCUGAGGUAUAAGGGGUAGGGAUGUUAUGCUUUGAUGAGUCCUCCCCAAUACAAAUUCUUUUAAAAUUAGCUUGGAUUGCAAGGCGUACAGUCUAGGUCAAAUUUAGAAGGAUUUCUAUGGUGGCGUUAGAGGCUGAAUAACGUCACUUCCAUCUCACCACCAAUUUGCACAAUUUUUGGCAAGUGAACACUUUUCUUCCUGUUCUUUCUGACAAUACCAAUCAAUCUCUCAAUUUCCCAAAUUCAAAUUUUUUUUAGUUGUUACGUCCCUUCUUUACUCUCACUCGCAUGUCCCUAUAUUACUUUUGAAGCUUAAGUAUUAAAGGGUUAAGUAUUGAGGGCCACUAGUUAUAUUCAGUUGAAGUACUGUCCCAUGUUACCCUCGUUAAAUGUAGUUUAUUAUUAUUAUUAUUAUUAUUAAAAUAUUAAAUUAAAUGUUAUUGUCAAAUGGUCUCCUCUCAAAAUUAAUUAUGUACAUGUGUAUGUAAAACUGAUAAGAUGGUUUUUCUGUUUCUUUGUUCAGGUAUUAGCAGCUGAACAACCAGAGGAGAUAACUGAAGCUAUUGAACUCAUGAGAAGUCUGGAGGGUCCAGUCCUCCUGGAGAUCAAGACAAACAAGGGUGGAAGAAAAGACCUGGGGCGACCAACAAGAUCUCCAAUCCAAAAUAAGAAGGACUUCAUGCACUUCCUAGCUAUUGACCACUAA